AACUUCCCAAGACCAAAUAGUAGUAGAUCAGUUACCACUGUUCAGCACCUGGUUUCAUUCAAUUUUUAAUUGUUUUCCAAAGUAUCCAGACUGAGCUGUAAUGACUUAUUUUUCUUCCUAUCCAUGCAUGCAAUGUUGGGUUGAUCACUCAUCCCCCACAACCUCACCCCUUCUUAAAUGCUCUUCUGGAGUUUUCCUUCAUUCUCACUUCUUUAAAUUCUCCCUUAUAUAUUCUUUCUUCAUUGCUACUUUACAUUUCAAUAUACCCUUCAUAAUCUCUGAGUUGAGUUGUUUUCCGAGCUAGAGAGAGUGGUAUUGUGGUGUAAGAAAAGCAGUUUUCGGGUUGUUUUCUUUCAGAAAUGGGUGGUUUUCGUAUUGGGUUUUUGUUAAGAGUGGUGAGGAUGGCUGUCUUUAUUUCUUCCACCUGUGUUUUUGCAUUGGGAGGGGCAAUCGUAGGAGCAAUCACCGGAGCGGUUACCGGCCAGACGACAGAAACCGGGUUCUGUAGAGGAGCCGGAAUCGGUGCUAUCUCCGGUGCAGUGGUGGCGUUUGAGCUGCUGGAGUCUUUGAUUGAGGGCGAGUCUUCAUCCAAGAUUGCCUUGAUUGGUAGCCUAAUAAAUGGGAAAGUUUUCCGGGAAUGGGUGAGUCCUGCAAUGCUGAAGGCUUAUCAGUGGCAAAUUAAUUCCAUGGAGACAAGCUAUGGAGAGACCUCAGACAUUUAUGAUGUUGGUGGAAUCAAAGGGGUAUCAUUCAACUUCAUCAAUAAGCUUCCUGUAUUCAAUUUUACUCAUAGUGAGAUGAUGGCAACAUGUGAUGACUUCUGCUGUACAAUUUGCUUACAGGAUUUCAGGGAGGAAGAGAGAGCAAGAAGACUACCCAAUUGCUUGCACUUCUUUCAUUUGCCUUGCAUAGAUGGAUGGCUUGUUAGACAUGGAUCCUGCCCCAUUUGUAGACAAGAUGUUUAAUUAAAUGAUUUCACCAUGAGAGGUAACCAACCUCAACCCUGUAAAAAAAAUUGGUUCAACCAAAUUAGAGUCCCCACGACAGCUUCUUAGAUCUUCAGAUCAGUAUCUCAAUGUACAAGUGCUCCUCAUCUAUAUGGGUCAAUGAAGACCAAGUAAGGUUAUAAUACAAAAUCAGUCUUUUAACUCA